AUGGCGAUGCAGCAAAACGACAAGCCCUUGGGCAUCAUCCUUACUUGGAAAAUCCUACAAUUUGUCAGACAGCUUCGUCGACGUGUGAAGCCGCGUGUUCUCGAUGGCUCAAUCACCGGAGAUCAUCUUGGCAUCAAGUUUGCACCGAAAGUCCGAAGUCUAUCCAGAAGAUUGACUCUGAUCGGCGUCCGGGGUGCGAAGCAUUCACAACGGCAUGCCCACGGCAUCCUUGGUCAGCAAAAAGGUCGGGAGCCCUGGCGAUCGCCGCGCAAGCUGCAGACGCUCGACUCGGCUGCUCCCGCUAAUCGAAACUUGGCUGGGGAUAAGGUGCAACAUGUGCUUCGAUCGCUCGACAGCAAGCGGCAUGCUACCAGAACGGCGUUUUCAUCUAUCGCGGCUAAUGACAAACUCUUCAUCAAACACGGUAAUACGCGAAUUGCUGAGGCAUGUACCUUGAACGAAACCAUUCAGCUUCUAGUCGACGCCCACGACGCCAUCAACGUCCUGUCUGAAUGUCGCUUGCGGCAUGGUGACGAAUGGCUCUUGGCACAGGGUCUCGAAGCCGGUUUGGUGCUUGACGAGAAGUUUGUCGCCAACUAUGAGCAUUUGUUGCUGCGGUUGCAAGCUGAGCUCAUCGAGGCUUUGGCCCGCAAAGUGCUCGAGGAGCUACUCCGCGGUGGGCACGACAAGAAGCAGCACAAAUUGUUGACCUGGUUCACCGAGUUUGCUGAAAAGCCGCAAGCUCUCAGCACGUCAUUUCCCUGGACUAUCAAGCCGUCGCUAGCGGUACUAUGGGGAGUUUGUUGGAUGUUUUAUGAGGGCGCGGUUAACAGCAAGGGCCGCAUACCGUUGGAUGCCGUAUUGCAAAACAUCAGCUUACAGUGGGAUACUGGGGCAUCAUCAGACUACGUCAGCCUCGGCCGCGAGCUUAUUGGCCAACAGACGCGGCAGGCCUCACAUGCGCCGAACGCACAUGUGGGCCCUGAACAUGAUGUGUUCCAGGCACGAAACACGGAUACCUGGGGGUCCGAUCUCAUUUCGAAUGGUCUUACCAGUAGGCUGCCGACGGUCGUGGUUAGUCAGGCUGAGCCAAGGGCGAAGCCAUCGCCGCUUCUAAUCAGCAUGGGCGGUCCUCAAUCUCCACUAAGGUCCCCAACUUCUGCUGAACACGUUUCCGCUUUCACAAGCCCUUCAAGAAUCCACAGCAGGCUUCACAGCAGAGGACUUUCCAUCGACUCUUCGCAGGACGGUGACGACGAUGCUUCGCUACGAAAGAACCACAGCUUCAAGCGCGCCGAGGAACCGCCGCGUAACGAGGAGGGCAAGAUGAUCUGCAAAUACCAGGAAUGUCUUGGAACAUCAUUCGACCGCAAAUGUGAAUGGAGCAAACACAUGGACAAGCAUGACCGACCUUACAAGUGCAACGUCAAGGGCUGCGAGAAACUCCAAGGUUUUACCUACAGCGGCGGCCUUUUGCGUCACGAACGCGAAGUCCACAAGAUGCACGGCGGCACCAACAAAUCCCUUUUCUGCCCCUUCCACGACUGCAAACGCAGCUCAGGCGCAGGCUUCACGCGUAAGGAAAACCUCGCCGAGCACAUCCGCCGCGUCCACCGCCGAACCUCCAUGUCAGCGGACUUGCACGGCCUCGUCAUCCGACGAGACAUGCUCCGCCGCGAGCGCGACGGCUCUCCCAUUCCAGAGUCGCACGUCCCAGAGGCCCGCUUCAACCGCGCCAUGAGCUUCCAGCAACAUCGCGACGUCGACGACGACAUGAUGAUGAAGCGUAAGCGUCUGGGUUCAGAGGCCUUUUCCGACCGUGCCGACGAUGAAAUGCGCUCUGAGAUUAAGCGUCUGAGGCAUGAGAAUGAGGAGAAGGACUCGAGGCUACGGCAGCUGGAGCAGGCGGUUAUGGCGCUGCAGCAGAGUCGUAGGUGAUGAUUUGCAUCACCUAAUUUCUUUCUCUUUUUUCACGGUCGCAUCUCACGGAGAUCAGGAGUAACGGUAAUAUUUUGGUGAUUUUUACAACAGCAUGCACAUUUACAGCUGCUCAAUCUGGGUUCCUCACCUCCUAUAUUCUUUUCUUUUUGUCUCAUAGUAUUGUAAAGCUCAUAACACCCACUCACUGUA